GCGGCGGAGGAGAUGUGAAGAGCUGUAGAGUUCACAGCUGUUUGUUAUUUAUUAUCUACAUGCUUUUCUUUUUCUUGGGGUUUUUUUUUCUCUCAACGCUUCAGAUGAUGCUCCAAAAAGAAAGUGGAUUAUUUGGAGAGUUUUAAAUAAAAGUGUGGGGGCAAAAAAAAAAAAAAAAAAAAAACUGGAUAAAGAAACCAGGACGGAAUUUGGGCUGAAUUGUUUGUUUACUUGUUUUUUGUUUGGACUGAAUAACUAAAAUAAUCCGACUUCAGCUCUUUGUGUUCUUUUUUUGGGAGAUUAUUUAGUUGAUUUGUAAAGUUGAUAAUCCCGGGAUUGCCUUGUAAUCCCGUUUCACGCCCGUCAUGGAUCCGAGGUGGAGAACGCUUCUCGCGCUGUUCCUCACCGUCUGCAGACUCAAGAUCUCCAUGUCCAUGAUUUUAGAGUCCAUCUACUGGAACACGUCAAAUACCAAGUUUGUACCCGGCAAAGGCAUCACCGUGUACCCUCAGAUAGGGGAUAAAUUGGACAUUGUGUGUCCCCGACUCAUGCCGGGCCACACCACCAGCACCCGUAUAGAAUAUUUCCGUGUGUACCUGGUCACACAGGAACAGCUUGAGAGCUGCAAGAUGGAAAAAGGCAAUGUGGCUCUGCUGAACUGUGACAAGCCUGAUCAAGAGGUCAAAUUCACCUUCAAGUUCCAGGAGUUCAGCCCCAACCUGUGGGGCCUUGAGUUCAUAAGAGGCAAAGACUACUACAUCAUCUCUACGUCGAACAGCUCGUUAGAAGGUCUGGACAACCUGGAGGGUGGUGUGUGUGAAACCAAAUCCAUGAAGAUGAUCCUCCGAGUGGGACAGAGGCCCAGUGACACAGCCGCAACCAAAGAACAUCCCAAACACUCUGAAACCGACCAACAAAGCACCUCCAGCAACGACGACGUGUUUAGAAAAAUCGAGCAAGACAGAAAUGGCGGUGAGUCGGUGGGUGUGUCCAGCUCCGAGGUAGCCCUGUUCACUGGCGUAGCUUCGGGAGCCUUCGUCUUGGUGGUUCUCGUCAUCGUGGUGCUGGUGGUGUUUGUGCGCAGGCGGCGCCGCAAGAACUCGGCCCGGUGUUCGCCUCCGCUUCCGCUGCACCCCAUCCCGAAACGCAGCAACAACAACAACGGCUCGGAGCGCAGCGACAUCAUCUUCCCGCUGCGAGCCUCCGACAGCUACUACUGCCCCCAUUACGAGAAGGUGAGCGGCGAUUACGGCCACCCAGUCUACAUCGUCCAGGAAAUGGAGCCCCAAAACCCGGCCAAUGUUUACUACAAAGUCUGAACUAAUCAGAACCUUGUGACGAGACUAAAAACGUCAAAGGCCUCAAUUGAGAGCGCGGAAAUAAGUGAAUCGGAGAUAAAUGACUCUUGGAGCAAAGCCAGGAGGCCACAAAAGACCCUGGAAUGGUCCGGCUCACCGUCUGGUUUGGGAAAUUACUGCUUCUAAAAAACAUGGACGCUGUGUGAUUUUGUAACAUUCGGGGAGCGAACACUUCGAGGGCUGAACGUGUCGGCUGAGGGCUCGUGCUCAGGUUUCAGACUGGCUGUGGAAACGUAACGCACUCCGGACUCACGUCUGCAAAUCGGAGAAAAAUGACUCUUGGAUUGAAGCGAGGGCUUUCUCCCUGCUCUCCAGUCACGGCUUUAAUUCAUUAUGGCAGACUGAGGUGCUACAGUAUCGAUUCAUGACGGCGUUUCACUCAGGGGAAGAAAAUGGAGCCAAACCCGCACAGACCUAUAGACGUAAAAAAAAAAAAAAAAGAAAGAAGCUUCAACAGAUUUAUGAGCAGGAAAAAACAGCAUCAGGGCAAAAACUUUAAAAGCCACAUAAUCAUUAAACAUUUGUGGGACGUUUACAUCUCCAAACCUCUUCUCAGGGCAGAAAGAAUGAUUGGCUGUCUGCAAUGGCCAAUGAAAUGGAGACGAGGGAGAAAUUGAGACAUGCUGUUUUGUUUUCUUUUUCUCUCAGCCACAAUCGGUUCAAUGAUACUUGACCUUGUGCGUUUAGAUUUACAUUUAUAAAUACAUUUAUACAUAAUUAAAUGGGAUCUUUUUUUUAGAAAGAAAGAAAGAAAAUCCUCCUACUGGACUAUUUUGAAGAGCUCUCAAAGAUCAUUGGAUAGCAAAAAUUCUCACAUUUGAGAGAAAAAAGAAACCUUGUAGAACCUUUGUACAAAAAAAACUAAUUGUUGUACAUAAUUAUUUGAUCAAAAUUGAUAAAGCAAUUGAUAAUUGCACUAAAAGUUGUGCUUUAAUGAAAAAAGUAGUAUCAUUGAAAAUAUUACGUUCGUUGUAAAAUGUUACAAUGUUUAAAUGACCAAAAAAACAACAAAAAACGGGAACUUGCCUUGAUUUUCUGCCCUGAGAUAAGAUUAUAUCUCGAAAGAACUUCCUUCAGGCCAUGAUGUAGAUUUCUAAGCAAAUCAGAACUAUAAUAUCUAGGCCUGUCCCCGGGUAGUAUUAUGUUUGACAGUUGGAGGAGGGGAAGGUUAUGGGAGCAGAUCUGUUUGGUGUGUAAACCCACAACAACUCCCGAACGCCCAGGAAAAAAACGAGAGCCUGCAAGUCUGGUCGAAUUUUCUUCAAGAGCCGGGUUUUUAGCAGUUGUCUGGUGAAGCUGAGGAUUGAGUCAUAAAUUUGGAUGCAUGUUGACAGUAAGGCCGCAGGAGAAAUGUUUCCUGCAUCCCAUACCGAGUAUCAGGUUCCUGCCGGUACUCCUCCAUAUGUUGUUUCUGCAUCAGGGUGUCUGACACAUCUAGCACGACCCUCCGACGGCAUGCGGUCCGGCAUCUCGCCUCCUCUGACGCCUCGGCAUGUUCGCAAUCGGAACCGAAACGCCGCUCUCUCCGUUUACCCCGAAAUGUAAAUACUACCAAAAGCCUUUUUUCUAAUAAAUUAUGUCCUAAGUUAUGUUUUGUAUAGAUGUGUUGUAUAAAAGGCCGCCAUUUCCUCAUUUCCAUUCCGGCGUUAAUGCCACUGUCGGUCGCGUGAGACUCCAGAAUUGUUGCUCACGCGCUGAAAGAAUGUUCCAGAAUGUUGCCGAUGAAUGAAUUAUGAUUGUUCGACUGAAUGCAUUCGUGAUGGUGCUGCUUCCAAAGGAGCUUUGUUAAAAAAAAAAAGACAAAAAAGACAAAAAGAAUAAAGCCAGUGCCACAGAAA